CCAAGGGGGAUCAAACAGUGAGACGGUUUUGACAGCAACAUGGUCACAAAUACUGAGAUUAACUUUAAUACAAAGCACCUCACAAAAGGUGAUCCUGUGCCGCCUUUCAAUGGAAAGUUGAGGGUCUACAACAUGCGGUUUUGUCCGUAUGCUCAGCGAACUAUGCUUGCACUAAUCGCGAAGGGCAUCGACUAUGACCUCGUGAACAUCGAUCUAACAGCCAAACCGGAAUGGUACGCGUCCAAGAGUGCCUUCACAAAAGUGCCAGCUUUGGAGAUAGCAGAAGGUGUCUCCAUAUACGAGAGCUUAGUGACGGUAGAGUACUUGGAUGAAGUAUAUCCACAGAGGCCACUGCUACCUAAAGAUCCUAUAUUGAGAGCAAAAGACAAAAUCAUCGUGGAAGCUGCUGGACCUAUAUCUACAGCAUUCAUGAAGCUGAUAUGGGCACCAGAUACAGUGACAAACGAAGUAAUCAAUGCUUUCUUUAAAGCAUUAGACUUUGUACAGAAUGAGUUAAAGGUUCGUGGAACGAAGUUCCUGGAUGGCAAUCAGCCUGGAUUCGCAGAUUACAUGAUCUGGCCGUGGUUUGAGAAGAUUCUCACCAUAGAUGAUGAAAGACUCAAGAUGGAUGAAAAAGAAUAUAAACUACUUUUGGCUUAUUUAAAGAGCAUGCUUCAAGACCCGGUUGUUAGCGAAUACCUGAUACCCAAAGAAAUUACACAAGCGAUGUAUAGUGCUUAUAAAUCAGGAGGGAAACCAAAAUACGAUGAACUUCUGGCUCCGUUAAAAACACAUUGGUUAAAUUUAAAAAUAGACAAACAAAUUCAGUUGUUAACGUGUACGCGUGUGUACAAAUACUUGGUCAACAAAUCUUAUCUUUUAGAUAUUUGGUCAGACAUCGCCAUGUUAUCAACAGCUGUUAGUCUCGUCUCGCAUUUAUACACAUCGUUCCAAGGAGUCCAAGCAGUCAGACGAGUGUUAGGAUACAUUAAUUACAGCAACAUGGCCGCUAGGAGUAAAAUAAACUUUAAUACAAAGCAUCUCAAAACAGGUGACCCGCUGCCACCAUUCACCGGAAAACUCAGGGUCUACAACAUGCGAUUCUGCCCUUUUGCUCAACGAACUAUCCUCGCCCUAAACGCCAAGGAAAUCGACUAUGAGGUCGUCAACAUCGAUUUAGUGGACAAACCCGAAUGGCUCGCUUCUAAGAGCGCCUUCACAAAAGUGCCAGCUUUGGAGAUAGCAGAAGGUGUCUCCAUAUACGAGAGCUUAGUGACGGUAGAGUACUUGGAUGAAGUAUAUCCACAGAGGCCACUGCUUCCUAAAGAUCCCGUAUUAAAAGCUAAGGACAAGAUCAUUGUAGAAGCCUCGGUACCUCUGUUCUCAACAUUCAUAAAGCUCGUGAAGGCACCAGAAGCAGUGACAGAUGAAGUUAUUAAUUCUUUCUUCAAAGCCUCUGAUUUCAUACAAAAUGAGCUUAAGGGCCGCGGCACAAAGUUCCUAGAUGGGAAUCAGCCUGGAUUCGCAGACUAUAUGAUCUGGCCGUGGUUUGAGAGGCUCAUUACUAUUGAUGACGAGAGAAUCAAGAUGGAUGAACAAAAAUAUAAGCUGCUGCUGGCGUAUGUUAAAGACAUGCUGCAAGAUCCCAUCGUGAGCGAGUACCUGAUACCUAAAGAAGUUUUCCAGACAUUCCAUAACGCUUACAAAGUUGGAGAAAAACCAAAUUACGACCUGCUUUUUGAGGCAUGAUCCUAUGAAGAUCAGGAUCAGUCUAAGAUUACGAGUUUGUUUUUGCAACGAUUUGUUUGAUCUUUGAUUCGUUAACGAUACGUCGUUUGGUUGACUCGUUAACGAUAAAUGUACAACAUCUAAUAAAUGACAAAUGUAUCUCGUCAAUAAAUAAUUAUGAUAAGAAAUAUAUUAAAUACAAUAAAUACUGAAUCUUA